ACCUCGGCCCGGACUUGGGGGCCCUUCGGGGCAGCGAGUAUCUCCAGGACCUGGGCCUUGGGGCCCCUUCCUGCAGCAGUGACCCCCCUAGUGAAGCGGCAGGAAGAGAUGCGUCCUUGUCCAGUUCGGCGGUGUCUCAGGGCCUGCCUCGGAGACGCAGCUGGGAGAGGUCGCGGAGCUGCUCGGAGAGCUGGCGGAGGCUCAGCCUUGACGCCUCAGCUAUGCAUGAGGGGCCCUGUCUCCCUCGGACACUAACCAGUCUUGCCCUGAACCUGCCUGGAGAGGGUCUGCAGGCCUGGACUAAGGAGGGUCUGAGUGGGGACGGAACCCCAUCGGAGCACCCAAGCAAGGAAUGUGACAGACCUGAGAAAAGAGUGAGGUCACGGUCCGUUCCCAUGUCUUCCGACGAGAUCAAGUUCCUGGAAAUCUCUCAGGCGUUGGAGGCGCCCGCUCCAGCUGUUCAAGGCCUGGAGCCGCCAGAGCUGGAGUGCAUGGAAAAGGAUCACGUGGAGCCCGAUCAUGUGCUGAUCGUCCAGCAAGUGCUGCAAGAACUUCGACAGUACCAUGGGGCCCGGCAGAGGGCUCACCUGUCCGUCAACCCCAGAGGAGCCCACUCAAACCUUACCUGGUUUGAGUUCCUGUCAGAGAGCGAGGACAGUGCCAGCAAGAUAGAGAGGAGCGACAGGGGCACCAAGGUGAAGCGCAGACUCAGCUCCCUCCGCAGUCGAGUCACCAGGCAGAAGGAGAAGGGGAAGUGCCCAGUGCAUCUAAAGGACAAAGGUCAGGAUGCUCAAGAGAGGAAGGAAUGUGUCAACGGCCACCAGCUGGUACAAGGAACCUUCCUUAGCCACUCCAACUGCCCGCUGUGCAGCAAACCCUUUCUGAGUUCUGCGUCCCUGAAGGAGCACCCGAGGGCCACCCUCUUGUCCGAUGGCAGCCCGGCCCUGUCCAGGAAUGUCGGCAUGACGAUCUCGCAGAAGGGGGGUCCUCAGCCAGCACCCAGCCCAACGGGAACGGGGCCGCGACUCGGACCAGUCACAGGAGCGAUGGAUGAAGCCGAGUCCGUAUUUCUGAAAUUUAAGCAGGCAACUGAUGACUCCCUUUCACUCACGUCCUCAAAUGCCGAGUCCGUUUUUGUAGAAGACCCCUACACCGCCUCGCUGAAGAGUGAGAUUGAGUCAGAUGCCCACGAGUUCGAGGCCGAGUCCUGGAGCCUCUGCGUGGAGCCAGCUUACGCAAAGAGGCAAAAGAGGGAGGCGGUGAAAAGGCAGGAUGUGCUCUAUGAGCUGAUGCAGACAGAGGCGCACCACGUGCGGACCCUGAAGAUCAUGCUGAAGGUCUAUGCCAGGGCGCUGCAGGAGGAGCUGCAGUUCCGCCCCAAGGCCGUCGGUCGCCUCUUCCUGUGCGCGGACGACCUGCUCGAGAUGCACGGCCACUUCCUCUCUCGGCUGAAGGAGCGCCGCCACGAGUCCCUGGAGGAGGGCAGUGACCGGAAUUACAUCAUCCAGAAAAUCGGGGACCUCCUGGUGCAGCAGUUUUCAGGUGAAAACGGGGAGAGAAUGAAAGAAAAAUAUGGUGUGUUUUGUAGUGGCCAUAACGAGGCAGUCAGUCAUUACAAGUUGUUGCUGCAACAAAAUAAGAAAUUUCAAAAUUUGAUCAAGAAAAUCGGCAACUUUUCCAUCGUGAGGCGGCUUGGCGUGCAGGAGUGUAUUCUCCUGGUCACUCAGCGCAUAACCAAGUACCCAGUGCUGGUGGAGCGCAUCAUUCAGAACACGGAAGCUGGUUCCGAGGACUACGAAGACCUGACCCAGGCCCUCAGCCUCAUAAAAGACAUCAUCUCACAAGUGGACGCCAAGGUCAGCGAGUGUGAGAAAGGCCAGCGCCUCAGGGAGAUUGCGGGGAAGAUGGACCUGAAGUCCUCCAGCAAGCUCAAGAACGGGCUGACCUUCCGCAAGGAGGACAUGCUGCGGCGGCAGCUGCGCCUGGAGGGCAUGCUGUGCUGGAAGACCACGUCCGGGCGCUGGAAAGAUGUCCUUGCUGUCCUGUUGACUGACGUGCUUUUGCUGCUACAAGAAAAGGAUCAGAAAUACGUCUUUGCUUCUGUGGACUCAAAGCGCCCCAUCAUCUCAUUACAAAAACUCAUCGUGAGGGAAGUGGCCAACGAGGAGAAAGCCAUGUUCCUGAUCAGCGCCUCCCUGCAGGGACCCGAGAUGUACGAGAUGCACACCAGCUCCAAGGAGGAGAGAAACGCCUGGAUGGCCCACAUCCGAAGGGCGGUCGAGAGCUGUCCAGACGAGGAGGAGGGGCCCUUCAGUGAGGCCGAAGAAGAGAGGAAAAUGGUUGAGGCCCGCGCCAUGAGGCUGAGGGACUUCCAAGAGCGACUGAAUGUGAAAGACCAGCAGAUUGCUCAGAGCCUCAGCGAGAAGCAGCACAUCUACCUGGAGAUGGCCGAGAUGAGUGGGCUGGAAGACGUGCCUCAGCCACGACUCCUCUUCCGAGGAGGGGACGCCCCGGAGAACCUGCAAGGGGAGCUGAUCCUCAAGUCGGCCAUGACCGAGAUCGAGGACAUCCAGAGCCUGAUCUGCAGGAGACUGGGCAGCACCGACAGCCAGGCAGGAGACGGGGGCGGCUCCACGGGCCUGCGCCACAGGGCAGAGACUUUUGGGGGCCACGACAGCGCCAGCGUCCCUGGCAAGAAUGGCAGUUUUAAGAAGAAGAUGGGCAGCAUUGACCCCAGUCCCCAAGACUGGCAGGACCCCAUGAGCAGCCCAGAUGCGAGGCUCGGCGACACCUCCGGGGCUCCUGAGGAAGCAACACAGACGGCAGAGGCUCUGGGCGCCGAGCCGGGCCCCCGUCUGCCCACCAUCCUGGAGUCGGAGCUUGUCCAGCGGAUCCAGACAUUGUCCCAGCUGCUCCUCAGCCUCCAGGCGGUCAUCGCCCAGCAGGACAGCUACGUGGAGAUGCAGAGGGCUGCCAUCCAGGAGCGUGAGAAGCAGUUCCGGCUUCAGUCAACACGCGGAAACCUGCUGCUAGAGCAGGAGCGGCAGCGCAACUUCGAGAAGCAGCGGGAGGAGCUGGCGGGCGUGCAGAAGCUGCAGAGCCAGCUGCGGCUGGAGCAGCAGCGCUGGGAGCGCGAGCGGGCGCGCCAGCAGCAGGAGCUGGACCUGGCCUCAGCCCGGCUGCAGCAGCGCCAGAGCGAGGUGGUGCAGCUGCAGGAGCGGCUGAGCCAGGAGCGCGCCGAGCUGGAGCAGCAGCGCCAGGCCUACCAGCACGACCUGGAGCGGCUGCGCGAGGCCCAGCGUGCGGUGGAGCGUGAGCGCGAGCGGCUGGAGCUGCUGCGGCGGCUCAAGAAGCAGAACACGGCCCCCGGAGCGCUGCCACCCGAGAUGCCCGCGGAGGCCCAGCCCCCAAGCCACCCCCCCAGCUUCAACGGGGAAGGGCUGGAAGGGCCUGCUGCCCUCGCCAAAGGCCUGGGGCCCCGGGGGAGCGUGCUGCUGUCCACCACUGGACCCGAGUACCCCGAGCGCCCCGAGGUGGCUCGCCGGGACAGCGCCCCAGCUGAGAGCCGGCCGGCAAAGAGCGACGUGCCCAUCCAGCUGCUCAGCGCCACCAACCAGAUCCAGAGGCAGGCGGCCGUGCAACAGCAGAUCCCCACCAAGCUGGCCGCCUGCACCAAGGGCGGCAAGGACAAGGGCGGCAAGAGCAGGGGCUCCCAGCGCAGUGAGAGCUCGACCUCAUUUGACUUGAAACAGCAGCUGCUUCUCAACAAACUCAUGGGCAAGGACGAGAACGCCUCUCGGAACCGCCGCUCGCUGAGCCCCGUCCAGCUUGGCAGCCAUAGCUCCGCAUCCCCCCGAGACCCCUCCUGCCAGGCCCCGAGCCCAGGCCCAGCUGACGUGUUCCCUGAGUGCGUUCCCCUCAAGGCUGGGAGCACACCCUCUCCGCCCAUGCCACUGACCCCCACACCACUCAACAAGGAAGAUGCCAGCAAGGAAGACGUCAUCUUCUUCUAGGGGGCAUGGCACGAGGUGCAGACCCCUCCCUGCCCUGCCCACCCUCUGUGCUCAUUGGGGAGUUUCCCAGCGGUCCCUCUUCCCUGCCCAGCAAACCACCAUGGACAGCUGCCUGGCUGGGGUUCGUCAAGGUUGGGGCUGGCCUGUCAUCGGCUUUUUCUGUAGGAUUUGCAGUGGUGCCUGGGUAACUUUCUAAACCUCUUUUUUAUGUGUAUACAAAAAGGAAAGUUUUUAAUUGAAGGUUGAACCAGAGCUACCCAGGAGCCGUUUGAAAUUGUAGCAGCCCAUUUGGGCAGGGAGAGAUCAACUCCAAGCCAUUUGUCCAAGGUAGAGACAAAUGAGGGUGUUUCCACAUGGAGCCUGAUGACAGGCCAGACCCCAGUCUGAGAAGAAGGUGCUGGCACCAGGCCGGCUCCACAGCCACUAGGAGAUGCCGGAGCUGGAGCAUGUCAUUAGGGCACCAGGAGGGGCCAGGUGGUGUCAGUUGUGUCUGUCGGCAGGAUCAGAGCAGAGAUCCGCCUGGGUUCAUGGUGAACUCAAGGCCAGGGCAUGGGCUCAGACAAGGGAGACAGCAGCCUACCUGGGGAUAGAGGGCCACAGGGCAGAAUAGCUGGGGAGCAUGGCCGAUGGCACUCCAGGCAGGUUCUAUAGGGUUAAAAGCUGGACUCAAAAGCGUCCGCUUAUAACUCAUUUUAGUUUGGUGGAGGUUUUUAAAAUCUGUUGUCCAACUUGGCACUUUCCCAAGGUGCCUCACCGACUCGGCAUGCUCCUCCCAGUGCAUGGCCAAACCUAGAGCUUCAGCCAGCACACACCCAAAGUUCCCAGCCCCAGGCCAGGUCCUCGGUCCCCGUGAGAUGGGCCACUUUUCCUGGGGCUGCUGGGACCCAGGGCUGCUGUCCUGUGCUGAUGAUCUGUAGGUGCCGGGACAGUGCGGAGCACAGCAGCAGGGCCACCACAUCAGGCCGUUGAGGGUGACACGCUGGACGGAGCCAUGUGGCCCAGAAGCCUCAAAUGGGCAGAUGGCCACUUCACAGGCGCCACGUAUCCAGUGAGCUUUUGUAGCUGUCAACUUCCCCCUGGAGGAGGGCAAGGGCCACCAGGCCAGCUGCAUGGCUGUAGAUGGUGGGGAUGGUGUCGCAUGUCCAGGGUAGCAAUUGGGUCACAUUCGUGUUUCAGCUCUGGCUAAACUCAAGAGUGAGUGCCAGAGUGGGAAAGGGGGGACAUUCCAGCCUUUUCUGCACCCUGGGCUCGCCACACUGGGCCCAGAGCCCAGCACCUCCCGAAGUGUUGGCAGGAGGGGACUGGGUCCUAGGCUGCCCCGGAGCAAGGGCACCGCAGGGUCGAGGUGACACAGCCAGUUGGUGACAAGGAACUGAAAGCAGCAGUUAGGAAUCUCCCAAGCACAGAAUGAUGAGGCGUCCCCAUCCUUGUCUCCCAGUCCCCGCCCCCGCCUUCCAUGACAAGAACCUCUCCCCCGACCCUUUGCCUUCGUCCAGAGGGCCUGCAGCAUCGUUGAGGAGCAAGAAGCGCCCACCUCAGCCCUGUGACACGUCGGAGCUCCUCUGUGCCAUGUCUGUAAUUAGUGUUUUGUGUUUUUGUACUGAGAUGAAUGAGAGCACUUUAGAAAAGUUGACUUUACCUUCCUGCCCUAUAUGAAGAGAACAUUCCUGGGCCCUCUGUGCUGGGUGAUCUCGAGGCCGUGCACCCCCUGUCCACGUGCUCUGCGCCGACCCUCCAGGAUGCCACAGUUCCUCGGAUGAUGAGCCCAAAGGAUUUCCCCUUGGCCUCGUGGUGGGAAUCGGCACUCCCUGCCCCACAGCCGAGGGAGUCUCCAGUCACGCCACACGGAGGGCAGGUCAUCAGCACAUCCUCUGGCCAGCACCGGGUGGUCACUUCUGGGUACCAAUUUUCUUUGUAAAGUUGGUGGCCAAGCAAAUGUUCUUAUUCCUGUGGGAUCUGCACAUCUUCGUUAAUUGCGACCAUGAUCUUAGUCCACCUGAGAAUUAUUGUUACGAUGAUUGCAGCAUUUCCUCGUGCGGGAUAUUUCAGAACCACGUUAGAACUUAAGACCUGAUUCUAGCAAUAAAAGUGUCUUAAGAUGA